UGUAAUUUCUUCUUUUUUUUUCAGAACGGAAACUUCCUUCAUCUACUUUACCUACACAAAAUGAAAAGAAGAUGACUACAGAAAAAGUGCUGUCAACCUUAGCGAAUGAAAUUGCACGAGACUCGUUUGGUGGUGUACGGAAAAGUCAAUCAGCAUCUAACUCACCAAAUAUAUCAAUGUUUAAUUCAGCGCCUGCUUCUACCACUCUUACAUAUAAACUAGGUCAUGUUGGAGCUGGUAGUAAUGCAGCUAUAGCAGCAGCAGCUUCACAAGCAAUAGCAGCAACACAACAAGUGAUGCAGUGUCAGGGACGACGUACACCAAGUAUGAAAGCCAGUUAUGUUGCAAUGACGAAAGGGAGUAGUACUGAAUUAACCAAAGAAAUUAUAAAACAAGAGUACACCUCAUAUUCACAGCCUUCUACUCCAGCUGUCACCACAGAUGGUGGGGCUGGAAGGUCCCAAAGACAAAAAAAACAAACAUCAAAAGCUGCAGCGUUAUUGCAAGCCCAACAGGCACAGGAACAAGCCCAGAGACAAAAACAACAAGCAGUUAUGUUCAGCAUUAUCGCAGCAGCUUACUGGUGGUGUUGAAAUAACAAACAACACCAGAACCCAGCAACGAGCUUCAAAUAGUUGACGAGCAUGGUGAACCCGUAAAUUGGCAGGAUGAUCCAAACGAGCCGAGAUAUUGUUUAUGUAACCAAGUAUCAUACGGUGAAAUGGUCGGAU